CUACCUAAACCUGUAUAGGUGUUCUAAUGGUGCUACGGCUGGUUGAGUAAUCAACUUUAUGAGUGAUGGGACAACAGAACAUGCUCAAUGACCCGACAGACAACUUUAGAACCCGUUUGUUGAUAUUUGGACGCCAUUGCAAGGUACUACUCUGGAAAAAUGUGCUUCUGCGUCGUCGUAAACCACUGUUUCUGACAAUCGAAUUGCUGCUACCUCUCCUGAUACCAGUUGUAAUCAUCGCUGUUCGAACCCGCGACGCUGACAAAAUAGUGCCAAACUGCUUCACACAAACAGUGGCUAUGCCUAGCAUGGGGUUGCUGAGUUAUGUACGAUCCAUGAUAUGCAACUUCAACUAUUCGUGUCAGCAGAUCCAACCACCUCCGCUUACGUUCAAAUGGAAUUUCACCUCAUUGCUACGAAUGACACAAAGCCUGAUGUGGCUUUUGGAUACACAUCGAUUAUCCAGCGACCCACUGGGUUACGCCAUGGCAGCGUCAACCGCAGUCGAGGAUAUUGAGGAGAUUUACGCUAUUGUUGCUGGUUUCUUUGGGAAUUAUUCGCCCUUGAUGACCGCGCUACAGAAUUCGAGUGAUGCCAAGAACCUUUACUCCACUGAAAUAUUAGACUACAUUGGGAAUCUUUCGAGAAUUAUUUGUGGUGUACCAGUCAUGCAAAAUGACAUUGGAAUGUUAGUUUCGCUACUGAAAAACAGGCCUCACUCUUCUGGAGAAGAGUCACAAGAUGAAGGGAUGAGCAAGCCAAACAGUACGUGUGCAACAAUUAAACGCUUUUUACUCCAACCAUACAUCAGAGAGUACACAGAACGCCUGAGAUUUUUCGCGUUUGGUACCGUCUAUUAUUAUCCAUCUACACCGGAAACGGAGGAUAUCAUGCAGAGGUCCAACGUAACACACCGAAUGCUGCAAGAGUUAUCCAACCUUAUGGAACAUUACUUGCACAAUACAAGCCAAGCAUUGAAAAGUUUAUUCUACAAUGACACUAUUAUCCAACAAUGGAGAUCUAGACUUCACUUCUGUGAAAGUCAGUUGCUCUCGAUUUCUGAUAGGCUUACUCGAUUUUGUCGUUCCGUCUUGUUGCUCCUUAACAACCGGACUAGUAUCAUCAGUUUAUUGGAUAAAACUGAUAAGUGGGUAUCCAAUACACAUCGGCUUCUGAGGUGCAUGAAUUUACAGUAUCGUAUUCUCCCCAUCAGAAACCAGACCGAAAUGCAAAAUGUCAUGGAGCUUGUUCGGACGUUGGCGUUUCCACCUUCUAUACUUAUACUAUUUCGACGUAUACCCAAAGGGACACAUGUGCCAAAUGGAACUGCUACGAAUUACACAGUAUACGAAGUUGUUCUACGCACUGGUCAAUUUCGGAUCGAUAGUACGGACGCUUUCAAGGUAUUAGAUCGCAGAUGGUCUCCAGCUCCUAGACAAAACCCCGCUUCUGGAGAUGUGCGCUACCUGACAAGUGGUUUCAUGGACAUUCAAGAGGAGAUUGGUAGAGCCAUAUUAUCUGUUGUUGCUGGCGGAACAGACAAACCAGAAAAUUCCGUCGCUCCAGCAGAAUGGGAUAUAGGCCAAGAGUUUCGGUUUAUUCCAAUCCCUUGCUACGUUUCACGGGAGUUUGUGGGACGCGUUGCUAAGAUACUUCCCCAAUUUAUGCAUUUCUCCUGGAUUCUGAUGGUGAUGAUCACAACAAAAUAUAUAAUAGAAGAGAAAGAAACAGGCUUAAAAGAAUUCACCAAAGUUGUCGGGCUAUCCAACCUCACGCAUUGGUGUGCCUGGUUUGUGACCUUGGUGGUGCCGGCAUCCGUUGAAGCCAUCAUCAUCACCGUGCUGCUAAAGUUUGGUAACAUCAUCCCGCUCAGCGAUUGGUUCAUGCUGACUCUGUUAUUUCUAUCCUACGUCUCCGCUGUGAUAAGCUUCACUUUCAUGUGUUCAACUCUGUUCCGUCGUGCCAAUUUUGGGGCGAUAGUAACUGGGAUUUUAUACUUCAUACUCUACCUACCUUCUCUGUUGGUGUUGGGUAAUGAAAAUUCUCUUCAUCCAGGCAUAUUAACUGUGGUGUGUCUAUCCUUCCAAGUGCCUUUUAAUCUCGCCUUAUACUAUUUCAUUAGAAUUGAAACACGAGGAUUUGGAGCGAUGUGGAUCGAUUUUUGGGAAACGCAAUAUGCCACGGACGUAUUUUCCAUUGGAAAAUGCAUCAUGAUGCUCUGGCUUGACUCUCUAAUCCACUGGUUUCUAGCGUGGUAUCUAGAAGCCGUCUUACCGAGCAACUUCGGUCAUAGAAAACCGUUUUACUUCAUUCUUACCAAAGAAUUUUGGUGCAAAGUGCAACACCCAUCCGCUGCUGACGAAGUCGGUGUUACGAGUGGCUUGAUUGAUAGCUGCCCAAAAGAUAUCGGACCACUGUGUGUAGAAGCACCAGCUAAAGACCAAACUGUAAGCGUUAGGCUAGAAAAUGUGUGCAAGAAAUAUUCGAGAGAUAAAGUCCCUGCUUUGAAUUGCUUAACGCUGAACUUUUACUCAAACCAGCUAACCGCUCUACUUGGACACAACGGUGCAGGUAAAUCCACAUUGUUAUCCAUCCUGACUGGUAUGCAGCGAGCUACAAGUGGGAUCGUACAGGUAGCCAAUUUUGACAUCCAUCGUCAUCUGCGCCAUGCCCGUGAGCAUCUAGGAUUUUGUCCGCAGUACAAUAUACUAUACAAUGAUCUUACUGUGACUGAACACCUUCAGUUUUACGCGCGGCUAAAGGGGGUACCAAUGAUGGAUGUUAUCAAACAGAUUGAAGAUUUUGUUUUAAUACUUGGCUUUCAGGAUAAACGGAAUUGUAGGGCAAAGCAUUUGUCAGGGGGACAAAAGCGAAAACUUUCUGUCGCUAUCGCCUUCAUUGGUAAAACAUCUGUCGUUUUGCUUGAUGAGCCCACCUCCGGAGUAGACCCAUUUUCAAGACGUGCAAUUUGGGACCUAUUGAUUCGUUUCAAAAAGAACAGAUGUAUUGUUUUUACCACACAUCAUAUGGAUGAGGCAGAAAUGUUGGGUGAUCGAAUCGCGUUGUUAUCACGAGGUACGUUGAAGUGUUUUGCGUCUAGCUUGUUUUUGAGACUCAAUCUUGGAAAAGGCUAUCGACUAACAUUGUGCCGUGCUUCGCAAGGAGAAGAUCAACAAGAAAGACUCGUUGAAUCUUUAGUGGCUGUAAUUCAGCGCUUAUUGCCCGGCAGCCGGUUGGCCGAAGUUGCCGGUCCAGAAGUUGUCUUUCAAGUUCCAACAAUUUGCGGUUUAGACGGCAAACUCGGAGAAUUUUUAACGCUGCUUGAUGCGGAAGAUUCACCAACAGUAUUGUAUAACCAAAUUUCGGAAUUUAGGAUUUCUUCCUACACCCUGACGGAUAGCACCUUGGAGGAUAUUUUCCUUGAACUGGUUAGUGACGGUGGAGGCGAAGCAAUAGCAAAUAAAGAUGCGCUUUUUUCUGAGUUGGAAAAUCCAUUUAGACUGGAAAUUAUAAGUGCUCCGCUUGACGACACAGGCGACACUAUUUCGUCAUUCCCUGAGAAUAAAGGUGGUGAUCAAGAUAUAUCAGCCAACUCGGUGUCUAUUUUUGAAGUAGCAUUGGAUUCACCCAGCUGUUUCGUUAACUCCAGCAGAAUGCUACUGCUUGGGCAACUCCAUGCCAUGUUUGCUAAAAGGUUUAAUCAUGUUAAGCGCUUCAAACGUGGGUGGUUGAUCGAAUUUCUCCUUCCCGCUUUUUUAUUAAUUAUGGCCAUCCUGUUCAUGCAGUCAGUCACAACACCGCUGGACAAUCCACCACUUCCACUACAUCCGUGGUGGAUGAUUUAUCGGAGGCCCAAAACUGAACUAAUUACGUUCUAUGAGAACAACAUGUACUUGUCAGGAGACCCCGUUCUGUCCAACACAGCCGACAAACUGGCACGUCGCAUUGCGUCGGCCUACGAGAGAGCCAUGAAUGAUCCGAACGGCUGGACUGGUACACGGUGCAUGCCCAGGCACGCAUACCAUUUUGAACCAUCUAACCUUCAAACUUGCAACACUACCGGGGAAAUGAACAUAUGGAGACCGUACCGAGAGUUAAAAUCGUUUCAGAUGCAGACUGUACGAAAUUCCUCCACUUUAUGUUCCUGCACAUGUGGGUCUGGACAACUGAAAUGCCCUCCCUCGGCGACGCAGUCGAUUAGGCCUCCGAUGUUACGCCUCCAAACUGGAGAUACUUUGUUGAAUCUUUCAUCUUACAAUAUGACCGAAUACAUGGUAGCAACCGGAGCUGAUUUCAUCCUGAGGCGUUUUGGUGGUCUCAGUUUCAUACAAAACUCUGCAGAUGUGGCCUCGAGAACGAAGUGGAAAGAACUGAUGAGACAAACCAAUCCGCUCCUCGAAUGGCUAGGUCAAAUGACUGCUUCAAAGGACACUAGCACAAUCGACCCUUUUUGGAAGCAUCUGGCAAAUGUGGUCGGUUCUAUGUUGCCAGCUCCAUAUCACCUACAAAUAUGGUUCAAUAACAGGGGAUACACUUCUGCUCCGGGCUAUUUGAAUCUUUUGCAGAACAUGCAACUGAGAAUGCUGCUGAGCGAAAACGCUAGUCACCCAUUCAACCCGUCACAUGGAAUUGUCUUCGUCAACCAUCCCACAAAAUUACCUCCCAGAACUAGCAGAGCGUUGAUGACAGACCGUGUCUCGUUGUUUGAGCUUACAUUGGUUGCAUUCACCCUAUUGGCACUUUCUUUUAUUCCAUCGAGUUUAGUAACCUUCUUGGUGUUGGAAACACACACCGAUGCUAAGCACUUGCAAUUUGUCUCUGGUUUGAAUGUAUACCUAUACUGGUUCAGUGCCUUUCUAUGGGACAUACUGAGUUACACCUUGUCUGCCUCACUGUGUGUUCUGGUGUUUGUGGCAUUCCAAAGGCACUCCUUCAUUGGCUCUGACACUAUUGUUGCAUUUCUGCUGUUGACGUUUCUGUACGGUGUAGCUGUUCUACCAAUGAUGUAUCCAUUCUCUUUUGUGCUAAGAAAUCCCAGUACUGCCCUUGUUGUGGUGACCACGUUUAAUCUGUUACUGGGUUCGGUGACGCUGAUGACCACUUACCUACUGGAAGUGCUGGCUGGCCAGUAUCCAAAACUGAAAUUGCUGAAUACUGCUUUGCAAGACUUGUUCCACCUCCUACCACAGUACUGCCUUAGUAGUGGUCUCUACGAGCUCAGCGUACGUUCUGUUCAAUUGGAGUAUGUAGCAAUGGGACUCAUUCCGCCUUUUCACAGUGAUCCGUUUGCUAUGCGGAUACUCGGAUCAAAACUCAUUGCGUUGGUAGUGCAAUCAGUUGGAUUUUUCCUAGUUGUUUUGACCAUUGAAACCAAUUGCUUUGGCGCAAGUUGUGUAAAGAAGUUAGUGGGAAAAAUGAAGGAAAAGAGUAGAAACAUUUUCGCAGCAGAGUUGUCCAGACGAGGAACAAUUGAUGAUGUUGAGAAGGAAGUCAUGGAAGAGAAGCGACGAGUUUGUGAGCUUUAUCAAUCCGGUAGAUUGUCCGCAGCCUCCACAGUUGGCGCUAUCAACUUGACAAAAAUUUUCCGACGUCACAAAGUGCCUGCGGUAAAUCAUCUGACGUUCGCAGUCCAUACAUCCGAGUGUUUUGGUCUCUUGGGGCUAAAUGGGGCGGGAAAAACAACAACGUUUCGCAUGCUCACAGGUUUAACGCGCCCCACUUGGGGCUCAGUGUUUAUCAAUGGAAAAGAUGCUGCAGAUCGACAAUUCAACAACUUCGGGUUUUGUCCCCAAUUUGACGCGCUACUUGAAUCACUAACAGGUCGGGAAACGUUGUUAUUGUACGCCCGGUUGCACGGAAUAACUGGGUCAAUUAUUGCAUCGUAUGUUGAUCAAAUACUGAAGGAUAUGGGGCUGGGUCUCCAUGCUGACAAAAUUAUCAAAUCUUAUUCUGGUGGAAAUCGCCGUAAGUUAUCCACGGCGAUAGCAAUUCUUGGCAACCCGAAAGUUGUGUUUCUGGAUGAGCCUACAAGUGGUGUCGACCCCAUCUCCAAAAGACUCCUCUGGAAACAGAUUCGCAGGCUGUUGGAUGCCGGUACUUCUGUCGUUCUCACCACACACAGCAUGGAAGAAUGUGAAGCACUGUGUAAUAGGCUAGGAAUCAUGGUUGCAGGUGAGUUUGAAGCACUUGGCUCGGUUAACGAGAUGAAAGAACGUUUCGGUGGUGGCUACACUGUGGAUAUGCGAAUCACACCAGGUACUUCGGUGACUGAGCAAAUUAAGGAUUAUUUAGAUCGGAACUUUGAGCCUAUCGGCCAAGAAAAGGCGCAUGAAGGUUUCCAUUCCAUACAGUUUUCACGCAAUACGAAACUGUCUAGUAUCUUCCGGAUGCUGAAUGUACUUCGCUCCAAGGGUCUGGUCAGUGACUACUCUGUGAAACAGUCGACCCUGGAUCAGGUAUUCGUCAACUUUGUUCGGAUGCACAUGGAACGGAAGCUUAAAACAGAUGAAGAUGAUAUCUUUGACGGUGUAAUCCAACAAUAAGUUUGGAACACAUGUACAGUGUCCAGCCAAUUGCACAUUCCAUUUUUUGUGUAAUAUAUAUGUAUAUAUAUAUAUAUAUGUUUAUAUAUACUGUCGCAG